AUGCGCCGAGACCAUAUACUAACAGCUAGCAGAGGAGAUAUUGGCCUGAUCGGCCUGGCUGUCAUGGGCCAGAACUUGAUCCUAAACGCCGCCGACCACGGAUACACGGUCGUGGCGUACAACAGGACGGUUUCGAAGGUGGACCGGUUCCUGGAGGAUGAGGCGAAGGGCAAGUCCAUCAUCGGCGCGCACUCCGUGGAGGAACUCUGCGCGAACCUAAAGAGACCAAGACGGGUGAUUUUGCUGGUCAAGGCCGGUUCUGCUGUUGAUGCGUUCAUCGAACAGCUGCUUCCAUACAUGGAGCAGGGUGACAUCAUCAUUGACGGCGGUAACUCUCACUUCCCUGACAGCAACAGACGCUUUGAAGAGCUAAAGCAGAAGGGUAUCCACUUCGUCGGCUCUGGUGUGUCCGGCGGUGAGGAAGGUGCUCGUUAUGGUCCUUCCUUGAUGCCUGGUGGUGCCCCUGAGGCAUGGCCACACAUCAAGGAGAUCUUCCAGUCUAUUGCUGCCAAGUCAGAGGGCGAGGCAUGCUGCGACUGGGUCGGACCUGCCGGCGCUGGCCACUACGUCAAGAUGGUGCACAACGGUAUUGAGUAUGGUGACAUGCAAUUGAUCUGUGAGGCGUAUGACAUCAUGAAGAGAUUGGGUGGCUUCACGGACAAGGAGAUUGGCCAGGUGUUCUCGGAGUGGAACAAAGGCAUCCUAGACUCUUUCUUGAUUGAGAUCACGAGAGACAUCUUGCUUUACGAGGAUCUAGAUGGGACCCCUCUAGUGGAGAAGAUCCUGGACUCUGCUGGUCAAAAGGGUACUGGUAAGUGGACCGCUAUCAACGCGUUGGACAUGGGCAUGCCUGUGACUUUGAUCGGUGAGGCCGUCUUCGCUCGUUGCCUAUCCUCCCUAAAGGAUGAGAGAAUGCGCGCUUCCGCGCUAUUGAGCGGUCCCGAAAUCCCUAAGGAUGCUGUGAAGGACAGAAAGCAGUUUGUCGACGACUUGGAGCAGGCUUUGUAUGCGUCCAAGAUCAUGUCCUACGCCCAGGGCUUCAUGUUAAUGAGAGAGGCAGGUAAGACUUUUGGCUGGGAGCUAAACUUCCCUGCCAUUGCUUUGAUGUGGAGAGGUGGCUGCAUCAUCAGAUCUGUUUUCCUUGCCCAGAUCACCAAGGCGUACAGAGAGAACCCUUACUUGGAGAACUUGUUGUUCAACAAGUUCUUUGCUGACGCUGUCACCAAGGCUCAGCAGGGCUGGAGAAGAACCAUCGGGUUGGCAACUACCUACGGUAUUCCUACUCCCGCCUUCUCUACCGCGCUUGCCUUCUACGACGGGUACAGAUCUAAGAGAUUGCCUGCCAACUUGCUGCAAGCUCAGCGUGACUACUUUGGCGCCCACACCUUCCGUGUGCUGCCAGAGGCUGCCAGCGCUCACUUGCCAGUAGACAAGGACAUCCAUAUCAACUGGACCGGUAAGGGUGGUAACAUCUCCGCCUCUACCUACCAGGCCUGA